CAUUCGUUGCAUCGCAACUGUCACUUUUGCGGUCUUUGUACUCGUUUGACAGUUCAUGAUGCAGUUGACAUAAACCGUGCAAAAAGUAGAGUUCAGUGAUGCUCGUGGGUAAUGUCGGUCGGUCCGAGAGUGUCUCGGGUGUGAUAUUUCUCGGUUUGGGGCCUCUGAUUUAGCGACUACGCCCCCGAAAAAAAUGAGUGAAAAACUGAACAAAACCAUGAGCGGGGCGGGUGCCUCCGCUCCCAACAAAAUGAGGCUGUAUGCCACUUGGGUUGACAGAACCCCCUCGAAUUGUAUACCCAGGCUUUGUUCACUAACCCUGACCAGACUGGUUGUCUUAAGACCUUUGGGCUCAGAUUUAGCCUCGAUUUCAAUUGCCGUCAAAAUGCAAUCGAGUAAACGCACAUUACGCUCCAAUGAGCUGAUUCUGCCACAAAGCGGAUUGUUAGACACGCCGUUGGAAUUAACUUUUUGUCUUCAGUAUCCGCAUUUUUUGAAGAGAGAAGGAAAUAAGCUCCACAUUUUGCUACAAAGACGGAAACGGUACAAGAAUCGCACAAUGUUAGGGUUCAAGACGCUCGCGGAAGGGAUCAUUCGGAUGGAUCAGGUAUUACAGAGACAAAUGGACAUGGAGCUCGAAAUGCUCCCCGAGGGCGGCGGCAAAGACAAAGACAAAGGUCCCAUAGCGCGCCUCAGCGUGCUCCAGUUGAGUUCGACACCCGUCGACCAAGAACACAAACCGGACCGAGACCACGACUUCAGCGACGACGAUGACGAGAUCAGCUCAGGCGAGGAAGAAGUCGCGGACCUGUCCGACAGCGAGCCGAUCCGAACGAAAAUGCCCCACGCCCGGCACAACCUGAAGCAACGUUUCGUCUCUCUGCUGCGCCGCUUCAGGGUGCCGGACAGCGAGGGCGGGCGCAGCGCCGACCUGUCGAACCCCAGCGACAUCCAGGCGCUGUUUCAGGAACUCGAAUCGCUGAGCUGCGACGAGGACUCGCCCGGGGAGCAGGACACGAUGUCCAUCUCCAGCACGCCGAAGCCCAGCCUGCGGCCGUUCUUCAGCAGCAGCAAGAGCCUGCUGGACUCCAACCCGGCCCACAGCAGCGAGACCGAGAAGUUCAUCGACGACAAGGCCUCGGGCAGCGACGGCAACGCGGAUAUCUGUUUCACGGACCCCGAGGUGCAGUCGGAUCCGCAGACGGGGUCGCCGCCGAGGGAGCAGUCGGGCACGUCGAGGCAGAAGAUGUCGGGAGACAGCGACUUCACUAACUUGAUGCAGGAGUUCAGCGAGAGGAAGUCGAAGUUGUUCAGGUCGUCGGCUUCUUCGGGCAAGAAGAAGAACUCGCUGAGCGUGAGCUCGGACGUUCCGGUGCCGGAAGUGGUUACGGCGCGAAAAAUAUUUCUCGAACAAGUCACUCGAGUCCUCCCUCUGGAAGAAACCGCUCUUCCGGAAGCAGUUGUAUUAAUCACAGGCCCUGACAGUAUUACUGGACCAUUAUCAGCCCGACUCACCCAUCAUCGUAUUUUUCUGCCAUUAUCAUCAGUCGAAGUCAAAGCAGUCCUCACAGCCGUAUUCAACAAAAUCCACAAAUAUUGCAACAGCUGUGCCAAGCCGGGAAGCUUUGUUAAAUUAGUAUUGAUAGGAGGAGACACCCUGAUUGGCUGGGUGAUCCGUCCUUACGUCGAAUUGUUGUCGAGUAAACCGCCGGAAUGGUUGAAUUACACGAGAAUCUACAUUGUUCCGGUGGGUAAUUGCGGGUUAACGAGACAUCUCGCUAAUCUCGAUCAAGGAUACGCAUCUCUGUUUCCCACCGAUCAGGAAUUGAAAAUUGAUGAACUCACUGGGAGAUUACAGAGAUACUUAUCGGUUCCAUCGUCGGCGCCGAUUGCCCAACUUCCUCUCGGAGAAGCGAUGCUGACGUGCCAGGAUGACUCCAGUCAGCUUUUCGUACCAUUUUUAAACGAAGUAAGGGUAGGCCCUGCAGAACACGCCUUAUCGAUGUCUGUGGAUCUUGAAGACUUAAUGUGUUCCAGUCCUCCAGCCCCUUCCUUAACACCACCAUCAUCACCCAACGUCCAAACUCGCGAUUCACCAUGGGAACCACUCGAACUUCAAUUAGACUACUGGCAAAUUUUUAAAUGUACUGAACCUAUUACAGUAAAGACUGAUAAAACCAAACAAGACGGUAAAACUUCACUCAAAGGGCUGUUUAGAGGGCUCCAGGCGUCACCUUCGAACACUUCUGGACUUAACAUUACCAUGCACAUGGCAAACAAGGAGAAGAAACAGAAAAUUAUGAGGCUCGGCAAGAAGAAGGAAAAGGAGAAAGAUUCUGAGCCGCGCAGCCAAACCGUGGAAGGGAUUUCGAGAUUGAUAUGCUCGGCUAAAGCCUCCCACAACACGCCGAUGAGAGUUUAUGUCGACGGCGUAGAGUUCAACGGGGUGAAAUUCUUCCAGCUGAGCUCAACGUGGCAGACGCACGUAAAGCAGCUGUCUGUGGCUUUGGUAGGAGUGCCAUUGGCGAGUUCCGAAGUGAAUUCUAUGUAACAAAAAUUUAAACGGACCUUCCCUUUUUUAAAACCCGCCGCUUUGCUUCCGUGUCUCGUUUCCGCGAUGCAUUCAUCGCUUCUAGUCAAGGUUAAAUCCAUCGUAAUCCAACCGUUGACAAUACAUCCAAGUAAGGCUCAAAACUCAAGUUUGAAAUGAAAAUUUUCAACAAGAAAACUCACGUUAAGAAUACUCCGUAUAUGUGAUAUAGUUUAUAGUCGUCGUUAUUGAUAUCGAUAAAUGCUUGAGAUUUUUUGAAAACAAAAAAUACUUUUUUACAAGCUAAGGUUAACUGAGUAUCUAACAGUUUGUUUAUAAGCACAGCAAGAUUUAUUUGUGGCCAAACCACUUUUAUAUCGGUAUAACGUAUCCAACGGGUUUGCACGUCAUCAUGCGUGUGUUCGUUGAAGCUCGGUUGACAACCGCCAUCCAGGUUCAUGGGGAGUGAUGUGCGAAGCCCACCAUAUCAGCAUUUUUGCAUAAAUACCAAAGCAACAAUUUGUGUAAUUUGAGGGAAAGUUGUUUGUAUUAUUAAUGUGUAGAGGUUUCUCGCGGUCAUCGUAGUCGUUUUUUUUUUUUCGAAAAGUUACACUUAAUGACUGCAGAGAAUAGUUCCAUGUCAAAAUCAAAUUUUGUUUUUGGGAAUGUUGAAAGGAUCUCACUAAAGUUGUUUGUUGAACUGUGAUGAUGUGAAAGUAGGAGGAAAUAUUGAUAUAAGAAAUGGAAAACGCCGUGCAACUGUGAUUUUAACGCAGCUCAUUCCAACUUGUUAGCUCGGAUGGAUGUUCCGUCAUUAAUCUCAUAUGGAAUGUGCAACAAGUUUUGGAACAUCCAUCUAUAGUUCAUCAGUGUUUGAUUGUAAAUGAUAGAGUAGAUAUCUGUUGUAUAAAUGCAAUAAUGUCUGGAAUUAGUAUUGUUUAUAUAUACUACAUACAUACAAAUAAACAUGAAUAUGUACUUUUA